GCGGCUCGGCCCGCCCGUGGACUACAACUCCCAGCGAGCUCCGGCAGAAGGAAAAGCCUUUGCCUCGGACAGCCGCCGCCGCCGCCCAGGCUCGAGCGCGGAGCCUUCCCAGCUGCUGCGCUGGAGCCGGCCCGCGGCGCCGAGCAACAGGAGCCUCUGCAUCUCGCCUAGGCCGGCGGCGCCCCAUGCAGCUGCAGCUCCCGCCGCGGCCUGGAGGUGCCUCCCGAGGCCGCCGCCGGGCCGCUGGGAAGUAGCCUGGUCCGCCUAGCCGCUGCCCGCUCCUCGCCUUCCUCCUCCUCCCCGCGCGGCCUUCGAGCAGGAGCCGGCGGAGCUGAGCAUGGCUCGGGCGCUGCUGGGGCUGCUGCUGUGCUUGGGCUCCGGGGUGGCGCGAGGCCCCGUCCAGGCGCCCGUCGGGCUCCGGCUGCCCUUGCGGAGCGCGCCCACCCAGUCGCGGGAGCCGCGCUCGGCCGACGAGCAGGACGAGCCUCGCCCCGGUAGCGGCGGCGGCGGCGGCGUCUUCGCCGACAUGCUGGACAACCUGCGAGGCAAGUCCGGGCAGGGCUACUACGUGGAGAUGACGGUGGGGAGCCCCCCGCAGAAGGUGAGCCGCCGUCGGGCCACGAGCUUGGCGCCCACUGACCCCCGUGUGCUGGCGGGCGGGCGGGCAGCGAGGGGUAUCCGGCCAGGCCAGCGCCCUUCCCCAUGCUGGGGUGGGGUGGGGUCCCUAAGGAGACGGCAUGGCUCUAGAUCAGGGUUUCCAAAACUUGGGUCUCCAGCUGUUUUUGGACUACAACUCCCAUCAUCCCUAGCUAGCCGGACCAGUGGUAGUCCAAAAACAGCUGGAGACCCAAGUUCGGGAAUCCGUGCUCUGGAUGCUUUCAGAAUGCUUCCUAUCCAAGGCCAGUGAUCCCCCCUCUGAAGAAAGUCCGUGGGUUGCAGGUGGAGAUGGGGCUGUGUGGGGGAGACAGUAAGUGUGUGUGAUGCUUGGGUGGGGCGGGGGCUCCCCAAGGCCAUCUGGUUAAUGCAGGGCAGAGAGAUCAACCUUGCAGCCUGUACUUUUUAGCUCACAGCUCUGACUCUUAGCUCCCAGCCUAGGAUUUUCAGCGGGGCUUCUGGUGGGGCACUUUGCAGAUGAUUUCCAGGAGCUGGACCUUCAGAAGAUCCAAAGUACCUGGGGGAGGGGAGACUGAAGGGGCCGCUGCAAGGAUGAAAGGGGAAAGUUGGGUGUUGUGUGCUGCCUGCAGAGAGAGAGACAGAUCACUUGCCUCCUUGUUCGCCCUUCAUGGCCGGGAGGGCAAGAUGGCAAGAGGGAUGUCUUCUCUGAGUCCUAUCUGAAUCCUUUGAAAACACUUUUUUAAAAGGAGGAGUUGGAUGAAAGGUAUUCAGACGUGGUCUGUCACUGAAAUCGGGUCUCACUAUGUCUAACCAGACCACACAACUAGUGACCAUCCCUGUGCUCUCGUGCGGCCAGCCCCAUUGUGUCCUUAACUGACAUCCAGCAGCCUUUCCAGUGCAAAGCAAAGCAGUCCUUGUCGGUGGAGCUGUUUUUGCUGGCUCCUCAGCAGCUUUAUUUGGGGUCCCCCCAGGGAACAGACUGGGGGAAGGGCUUUCGGAAGAGGUGCAGCCAUUGAUAAAAGUGAGCAGAGCGUGGAAAUAAUUUGUUUCCUCUGGGAUACAGGAGCAUUUCUUCUCCACUGGUGAAAAGAGGCUGUGCUAAUCUGGAGCUGCUUCUCUUUAGCAGCUUUGAAAAUGAGAAGCUGCCGUAGAGAGCGACUGGUUGGGUGGGUGAGGAAGAGACCUGGCUUAGAACGUGUGUGUGGAUCCGAGGGGAGAAGUGGCAUUUUUGUCAUGUACGAAGACACAAAAUUUCACAGGGAUCCCUCUGUGCUGCUGGAUUGCCUGCUUCUACGCAAGCAGCCGGAUGUACCUGGGCAUUUGUUGAGGCUUAAGCCGCAGCUUAGCCGUGGGAUUUAUUUUUAGCGCUGGGGCUUGGCCUGAAAUAUUGCGGGUGAUAGCCUCUGAGGAUGUGCAGAACGCAUUUCCAGCACCUUUGCUUCUUUCCAAACUGACCCAUGGUGUGCUCCACAUCUUGGGUGAGGGGGCUCUCUGUGCCCUUCCACUGCCGAGCUGACUUUUCACCGCUGGGGAAAAGGCCAUGAAACCCCUCAUCCCUUUACUUCGCCUUGCCAAGCAGGUUUGCUCAGAGCUGCCUGAUUCCAGGAAGGCUCCCGCAGCUCCCCAAGCCUCCUCUGACGGCUGCCUCUUCAGCUCUCUGGCCGUGGGCCAAGUAAGCAAGAGAUGCCAGCAACAUAUGGUGCUUUCAGUGGAAUUAAAGGUUCCUUAUAUAAAGCUUGCAUGUGUGUGAAAGCAAGUGGGAAAAGUACAAGCCUAUAUGUGUGCGUGAGUAAGUGGUACCAGGUGUGCAUAUUAUGAGCACAUUUGUUUUCUUAGGCCCACAGUGGCAAAAUUCAGGCUAGCGAAUUAAACCUCUCUGCAAAGCUGAGCCUCCAAAGCCAGAGCAAACACUGGCAUUGCUUCCCCAAAGUGCUUGUAUUCGGACUUUGAAGAGGCUCUAGAGUGACAAUACGGUGCCACAAGCUACAGGGGACAAACUCUAACAGACAUUACAAACUCAAACUCAUAAAGAUAUGUAUAACACAACAAUUCGUUACAGAAUUAGAGAUAAGUGUUUAUGAGUAGAGAUAAGUUCAUGUUAGUGCACAGUCAGAUUUGACGUGGAGGUCUUAGUUUCAAUCACUGAGCAGAAGUCAGAAGUCAAUUAUGGAUCAGAAACCAGUACAGGGCCCUGUUUCGAUGUAUUCACCUUCAUCAGCUAAUUUUUAAAGGGUCGGGUAAGUUUGAAGACUUUCGGAUAAAUAUAUCCUGUUAUUUUCUACGUUUCUCAGAGAUAACAACUACAUGUGGAUAGAUCAACGUGUAUCUUGAGCUUUUCUGUGCAUUUACAUGUUGAUCUACCCACACAUAAUUAUUGUGUUAUACAUAUCUUUAUGAGUUUGAGUUUGUAAUCUCUGUUAGAGUUUGUAAUCUCUAUUUGAGUUUGUAAUCCUUGUCAGAAUACAUACUUUUGAAUGGAUUAGUUUUUGUUACAACUGACUAUUGAUUUGCAAGUAGGGACUACUCCCACUAUUGAAACUAACAUUGGCCUGAGUUCUUGGUGUGCUUUUUUCUUGGUAUAUUUAAUAACAAGAACUCCAACUUAUUUAACAAGCUACAGGGUGUCAUAUCUGUGUGGAUGAGGGGAAAUGUGAGUUUGCAAGGGGUUUGGUGGGCAGCCUUUGUCUGACUGCAAGUGAGUGUAGCUUGUGAAAGCUGAAAAGUGCCAGGAUUUGCGGGGUGUGGGUGUGGCUUGAGCAGAGCAUCCUCAGUGGUGACCCCAGGUGUGGGUGGGUGUGCAAACUGUUGGCCUUUUUGGGUGCCAGCUGCAAAGUGAGAUUGGCAGGGCUGGUGGGGCAUUGGGUUGGGGAGCUGACCUUGCUGUCAUCUGGAACAACAAAGGCUGUUGUCGUCUCCCUCUGGGACCCAUUGCCAGGCCGUAGAGCCCUGUCAAGGUGGUGCUUGAGUGUUUGAGCCACUGGGUGGAAAAACAAACUCUGUUUGGGGUGUGUGUGGGGAAGAGUCACAUUGACUCCCUUGGAUUUGCUUUCUCUAGUCUAAAAGGGUGUGGUGCCACCCAGGGUCAUUGCAGGCUCAUUUUGUUGUAACCUCCAUUCUAUUCAAUUGGACUUAUCCUGUGCAGGGUGUAUUGGUCUUGCACCCUUAAAUGCCUUAUGCUGAACUCUUCACAUUCAGGCAAAGAGAUGGUAGCAGCAGAAGCAGAGAGCAGACUCUGUUUCCCCCGAAGAUUGCUUUGAGUGCACAAGCCAGUUCAUUGACAUCUGUUAAUUUAGUUAAACUUACGGGGUUGGAGCCAAUGAUGAGUAGACCCAACUAAACCCAACUGGCCGUAAAUUAGCCAUGGCCAUUAACUUUGAUGGGCCUACUCUGUGUAGGGCUGGCAUUGGUGACAACCCUACGGAAGCUUGACUUUGUCUGUUGCCUGGAUGGUGAGUAUUCAAAGGAGGCAGGUGACAGCCUUCAGAAAAUUAUCGGAGGGAGCAAGAGAUUGUGCUUUGUGUACACAUGUGCACUGUGGUUUGCUGAUUAGUGCAAAAGCAGUAAGUCCUUUCCUGGCACACUCUCAGUGGGGGAUUAGGAGAAGAUGGAGCUCUUGUGAGGUCAGGAUUAAGGCUGCCCAGCAGCAAGACCUGGCAAGGCUCUCUAUUGCCCCCUCUCUGUUUAGGCCCCACCCGGCUGCUCACUGAGAGAUUUUGCAGCAGGACCCAAGAGGAGGUUGGUAUGGCCGCUCUGAUACACUUCCGCCAUUGGUGUGUGUGUUUAUUGCCCAGGUUUGCAGCUGAACAGAGGGAGUUCAAUUACUGCCAGCAAACCCAGUGGCGGCUUGCGGCUAUGUCCUCUGGGACGCACGGAAGAGGCUGUUCUGGUGCAGUGCAUAACUGCUUCUGCUGUCCUGGGCAAAAACAACGGGUAGGCUUCUGUUCUCCACACUCUCAGCUACUAACAAGAAGUGCCUGGGUUUUCACAUGCAACCGCAUGUAGAGAAAGUGAGAUGGCAGGUCCCCAAAGGCAGGGAAAGGAUGAAGGAGACCUCUUGGCACAGAAUUGGGCUUUUAUUGAGCCCAACUUUUCCCCAAAUUGAAUCCUUCUUCCAGGGCUCUCUUAGGCACAACCAUUUUCAGUCUCAAGUUUACAGAGUAAUUUUGCAAUGCAUUCUGAAAAUCGGGGACUGAAAUUUGCUGCCCCUAAGAACACCAUUGAAAUAUUCUUGGCUCCCACCUUUCCUUAUAAAAUAAGUUAACAUGAUAAGAACAAAAUAGGAGCACAAAACUCUUUUUGGGGGGGGUGUGGAUCUUCCUGAACCGCUUUGCUAAUGAUCCAAUCAUUUUGUUGUUUUCCUUUUCAGUUUAGUUCUCUCUGUUGAUGUGCAACCCAUGUGGACUUAGGCCGGUGCACACCUGGCUGCAGUGACUUUACCACUUGCAGAUAGGCCAGUUACAGCAAAUCACUGCAUUAGUGGUAACAUAAGGACAUAAGAUGUUGCUGGAUUAGGCCAAUGGCCCUUCAAGUGCAACGUCCUGUUCUCAUAAUGGCCAGCCAGAAGCUAUGGGAAGGCUGCAAGCAGAACAAGAGCCCUCUCUCUCUGGUGGUUUUCUGCAACUGCUAUCAGAAGCAUUACUGCCUCUGACCAUAACCCAAUAGCUCUGUCUGAACCAAUGGUCUGCUUAGGAGGUUCUUGUUUGUUUUUGGUUUGGUUUUUUUUUUUUGUCUUGGCCUCUAAGGUCCAACAGUGGGGAACUACAAAUCCCAUCAUCCACGACCAUGCUUGCUGCGCUGAUGGGAAUUGUAGUUCAGCAACAUCUGGUGGGCCAGAGGUUCUCCACUCCUGCUGACGUGCUGCUGCUGCUGCACACUUGGUGCUAAAGGUCAUUGCUUGUCAUUUGGGGUUGUCUUGAGUUCUAGAUCAGCCCUGCGAGUUGCUGACCUAUCAAAGCAUCUUCUUACUCCGCCAGGUAGUCACCGACAUUUAAGAGUCUUGCCUAUAAGAAACCAGUAGGAGUGGUCAGGAGGCAGAGGUGAAUAUAUAAGGGGAAUCCCUCUGUCAAGUGCUGGUAAUAAAAUGCAGGAGGUGCCAAGCCAAGUGCUCUGUGCUGUAUAAAUGUUUAAGGAUGCUUUGAGCAUUCUGCAUCUUUGUGAAGCUGAGCCACAGGAUGCUCAUAGCCUAGAGAAGACUGAUGCUGUGUACUAAUGGCUGCUGAUGGACCUUUUAAGUGAGCCAUAUGGAACGGAAGGAUGAUGAAUUUUGGUGAAAAGCUGUAUAAAUAUAGAAGAAUCCUAUGUGAACGAUCCAGGAGAGGGAGCCAACAAGUAUCUGGCAUCCUGCUUGUGAUCUCAUUGUGAUUAGGCACACAUGACUUUCUUCCCAGAAAUCUGGAGAUAGCAGAAGCUACAAAUGCCUUUGCCUGGUCUGACAUUUGCAGGAAGUGACUUGAGGUCUUGCAGCCUGCCUCUGUGCUGACCUCUUGCCUCCAUGGCGAGGUUUCUUCCUUGCUCCAUUUGGGGCUGCUUAAGACAAGCAAGGCUAGGGGGGGACUGUUGCUUUUUCGAUGGCCUUUAACUGGAGAGAAAUUCCUCCCCAAGCUGCUGGGCUCAAGCCUGCGUGGACACUAUGCUCUCCCAUCUAUGGCCUGUCUUGCUGCAUGGCUAUCCAGGCAGGAGAGUUGGGGCUUUUCUUUCCAAAGAUGUGCUUACUAAGUUUUCAAAAACAGCAACAAACAAACAAACAAGACAGACAAUUAAUAAUAAUAAUAAUAAUAAUAAUUUUUUAUUUAUACCCCACCCUUCCCGGUUCAGAAAACCAGGCUCAGGGCGGCUAACAACAAAUUUAAAACACUUAAUUGAUGCAACAAAAAACAGCAUAAAAUACAGUAUAAAAUGUGCAUAACAAUAAAUUCAGAAUUCAAAAUCAAUUUAGGGGGGAAAUCCAUCCAAUAAACAUUAGAUGAUCACCAGGGCUAGCUGGCUAAAUUAGUCCUAUUUGGGCCAGCGAGGAGGCCAGGGGAGAAUUAGCUGUGGGAUCCCAGAGCGGGAAAUCUUCAUAAAAAGGGGAGAGGGAGGGAAGGAAGGGGAAUAAAAGAUCAGGCUAAGUUUAAAUUGAAAGCCAGGCGGAAUAUCUCUGUCUUACAGGCCCUGCGGAAGGACGUUAAAUCCUGCAGGGCCCUGGUCUCAUGGAACAGAGCAUUCCACCAGGUCGGAGCCAUCACUGAGAAGGCCCUGGCCCUUGUGGAGGUUUAGAGGCUCAGGACCUCUAAACUACGAUUAUUCAUGGACCUUAAGGUCCCCUGCAGGGCAUACCAUUAAGAAACAAAAACAUUAUUGCAGUCGGGAUAAAAUUUUGCAGGCAUCCUAAUGAAAUAGAUUCUGCAAAGCAAUGUUUUGGAGGAGUCACAUAUCAAUACCAUAGCCUUUCCACAUGGAGGCAUGUGCCGUUGGGGGUCUAUUCAGCACACUAUUCUUAUUUAUAAAGCAUAUGAACAGUGAGCAUACAACAGUGAAGUAGUCUUGUUUCAUAACCCCUCUUUGAAUUCUCCUAUGAGUGGCCCAGACCCUCUCAAAGCACCCAUCCCUGGAGAGUAUUUGUGCCUUAGUGCAUGGGGGUGUCCCCUCCUUUCUUGGAGCGUAAAAAGCAGAUGUGGGAAACAUCUGUGCUCUCCCCCAGCUGUUGCUGCGCUGCACCUCCCAUCAGCCCUAGUGUUGUGCAAGUCUAACAGCAUCUAGGCAGCUUCUUCACUCCUAGUGUAAAGGACAGUGUUCCUGUGCUGUUUCAGACAGCAGCGCUUCAAAUUGUUCCGCGUUUGACCCCACAAGGUUAGCAAGCUAUCUGUCUUUCUGCUGCACCCCUUGUGCAAAGGGUUAGGCCGCGUAGCGAUUGGGGGAGGCAGGCUCCUUCCAGCCUCAGCGCCACCACCUUGGGGUCUGGCAGCCCUGACCUUCCCCAGCUGACAUGGAAACUGAUACACCUGCAGCUUGCUGCUGAUGCUGACGCUUCUUCCAAGACUGGCUAAACCACACAGAGGAGCUGCUGCUGCUGCUGCUGUCGCUGCAGACCAAGGGCAGGGGGUGAACCAGUGACGUUGUGCUCUGAGCCGGCUUCUCCCUUUGGCUUCAAGAUAUGUGCACAGAGACGUUUUCCUUGGGGGAACUUGCCUUCCACUCCUGGAACUUGGAACAGGCCGCUGCCCAAAACGACAGAACAUUUGCAUCUUGAUGCCAAGCUUGGCCUCUCUGUGCCCAAUUUAGAUCCUUUCUCCCUGAGGUAGAGACCUCUGUGCUUCAGAAGGCUGCAUAUGCCCAAUGCUAACAGAAGCCAGCCUCGUUUAAAAGACGUGGUGCUGCAUUAUGCACCCUGGAGCUAUUAUAUUCUGGGCUGUGGGUGGGUCAGGCACAAGCUCAUUGUCCUGGACAGGAUGUUGCCGUGCACAUUUGGGCUGCUCUGCAUGAAACGCACUGACCUUUCUCCCUUUCUCUUCCCCCAGCUGAAUAUCUUGGUGGACACAGGGAGCAGUAACUUUGCUGUGGGUGCAGCACCUCACCCUUUCCUCAGGCGGUACUACCGGCGCCAGCUGUGAGUAUGCAGGGAAGCUGAUGUGGGGCUGGGCAGGAGAGGGCAGCUCUGAGCUUGCGAGGAAACUGCUCCUCUCCCCUCUUCUGUCCCGCCAGCCUCUUUCGCCAGGGAGGUGUUUAGCCCCUAAUUUGCUUGAGGGGCUUUCGCCUUUGCAAGCGCCAGCCAUAAUCCCUAUGCCCCUUUACCCCAUCUGUCUCUGGUCUUCUGAAAACACUUUUUCUUUUCAAAUUUUUUUUAUUGGUUUUCACAACAUUAUAAACAAACAAACACAUAAGACAAACAAACAUGAAGCAUAGCCUUAUUGAAAAUUACACUUGUUAACAUUGUUAAGUGACUUCCUUGCUUCCCCUUGGUUGAAUUUCAUUGCAUGUCCUUUUAACGGUUUUCCAAAUCACAGUUCUUAUAAAAUUUAACUUAAACAUUAACAUCCUUAAAUCUUCACAUUAUGAAAUUAAACAUAUUAAUUCGACACUUAACAUAAAUAAAAUCCUGAGCCAAUUAAGUAUCUGCAAGCUGUUUUCAUUUAAUUUAACUUAAUAUAUUUAACUAAGUAAUCAUUAAAUUUAAUCCACUCUUCCUGAUACUCCUCCUCCUUCUGGUCGCGGACGCUUCCAGUUAGGCCAGCUAGCUCCGAAAAAUCCAUCAUCUUCAUCUGCCAUUCUUCGAUCGUUGGUAAGGUCUUCUGAAAACACUUGACCAUCUGGCCACGGGCUGGCAGUGCCAGGGUGACACCAGCACACAGAUCAGGGCUAAAUGGCUUCUUUCUGUGCCGUGGGGGAAGAAAUGCUGAGCUACUGUCUAGCCCUCGAGCUGCUGUUGGAGGGCACAAUGGACAAUGGCAGGCUGAUUCCCUUCCGCCUCGGUCUGCUCACUGCCUCCUCGCCUUGUGUGGCCGAGUGGGGAGAGCCAGCCAGCCUCCGUUCAGAGCCAAGGCGCUGAUGGGGGAGUCAGCCCAAAGCCGGCCGGGAAUGGACUGGGUGCUAUGGACAUGCCUCAGGGCGAUCUGCUCCUCUUGCUACUGAGACGUGAGCAGAGAAGAUGGGCAGGUGCACACCAUUGAUGUGAUGUCCCCCCCCCCACACCAAGGCACCACAUCUGCCAAGAGCACUCUCAGAAUUACAGUGGUACCUCAGGUUAAGGACUUAAUCCGUUCUGGAGGUCCGUUCUUUUCUUUUCUUUUUAAAAUAGUUUUUAUUAAGAAUUUCAACAUAACAAAUUAUCAAAAACAUAUCAUCUUCAUUUCCCCCCCCAUUUCCCCCCCUCCCCAAGAAAAACCCUUCCUCCCCUCCCCCCACAAGACUUCCCUCAGCUCCUCUCUCUGGUUUUUCAACACAUAUUAUUCUCUGCAUGUUACAAAAUUGUAAAAAUCCUAUCUAUCUAUUAUGUUAACAAUAAUAAAUUUGUGUAUGUUUAUUCAAAACCUGCCAAGGAGUCCAAUUCAUUUUGUUGUUUUUUAACAUAAUUUGUAAAAAGUUCCCAUGGCUCUCCAAAUCAACACAGACUGUGGAAACUUCACACUGGACUUCAAGCAUCUGGCAUUGUGUGCCUCCCCAUUCUUCCUCCAGACUCUGGGUCCUUGGUUUCCAAAUGAGAUGCAAAAGCUGCUCUCAUCAGAAAAGAGAUUUGGGGAGCCAUGUCAUCAGCUGGUGUUGGUCCACUGUGCUUCAAUACAGUCCAGGGUCAACACAGCCAUCUCCCAGGAGAUUUUGGAGCACUUCAUGCUUCCUUCCGCAGAUGAGCUUUAUGGGGAUGCUGAUUUCAUUUUCCAGCAGGACCUUGUCACCUGCCCACACUGCCAAAAGUACCAAAACCUGGUUCAAUGCCCACGGGAUUACUGUGCUUGAUUGGCCAGCAAACUUGCCUGACCUGAACCCCAUAGAGAAUCUAUGGGGCAUUGCCAAGAGACAGAUGAGAGACAUGAGACUGAGCAAUGGAGAAGAGCUGGAAGCUGCUAUUGAAGCAUCCUGGUCUUCCAUAACACCUCAGCAGUGCCACGGGCUGAUAGCAUCCAUUGCACACCGCAUUGAGGCAGUAAUUGAUGCAAAAGGGGCCCAACCCAAGUACUGAGUACAUAUGCAUGCUUCUACUUCUCAGGGGUCCAAUAUUGCUCUAUUUGCAGUCCUUGUUUUGCUGAUUUUUUUUUAAUAUUCAAAUUUUCUGAGAUUGUUAAUUUGGGGUUUUCAUCAGCUGUACGCCAUAAUCAUCACAAUUAUAACAAAUAAAAGCUUGACAUAUCUUGCUUUGCAUGUCCCGAGUCUAUCUCAUAUAUUAGUUUCACCUUUUAAGUUGAAUUACUGAAAUAAAUGAACUUUUCCACGAUAUUCUAGUUUUCCGAGUUUCACCUGUAGUCCAGCAGUUUGGCUUGCCAUUCUUCCCUAGUUGGGACUGUUGGUUCUUUGCAUCUUUGGGUUAGUAGCAUCCUUGCAGCUGUUGUCGCAUAUAUAAACAGUCUUUCUUGGUCUUUCCUUGAGUUUUUGAGGCUGCCUCAUGCAGGUAGUUCCCUCAACAUGCCACCUACCUGUGUUCUCACUGCCUCAUAACCUCCCCCUGUGUGUCUCUUGCAGCUCUGGUACGUACCGGGACUUGCGGAAAGGAGUCUACGUGCCGUACACGCAGGGCAAGUGGGAAGGGGAGCUUGGCACUGACCUGGUGACCAUCCCCCACGGCCCAAACGUCACCGUCCGCGCCAACAUUGCUGCCAUCACCGAGUCGGACAAGUUUUUCAUCAACGGGUCCAACUGGGAAGGGAUCCUGGGCCUGGCAUAUGCAGAGAUUGCCCGGGUGAGCCUGGCAUCAGUGUGGGCACCUCUUUUUUUUUUUUGGAAGUGUGGGCACCUCUGAAGAAAUGUACCCCAGCGCAAAUCACAACUACAGAGUAAAAACAACAACAACAUCUCACAAUGGAAAUGUGUUGGGCAGUUAAAAUUUAUUAAAAUUCCCUACAGUUUUCCAGUUUAGAAGCUUACCUGUUUUUGUUUGUUUGUUUGUUUGUUUGUUUGUUUGUUUGUUUUACCCUUGGAAGCUAUAAUGCAGCCACAGAAGCAGCAUAGGAUAACCCUCCUUUAACCCCAUUGCCCUGGUUCCUGGAACGCCCAAAGGGGCUUAGGGAGCCAGUCCUGCUGUCCUUAAAACUGAGCUCCCCUUAAAGGGCAUUGCCAUCUUGAAUGCCACCUGCAGAACAGUCUCCUUGCAUUUGUCCUCUGGCAGGUCUCUGUGAGACCUUAAGCACUUUACAUAAUAUAAUAUAAUAAUUAUUAUUUAUACCCCGUCCAUCUGGCUGGGCUUCCCCAGCCAGUCUGGGCGGCUUUCAACAAAAUAUUAAAAUACAGUAAUGGAUCAAACGUUAAGAGCUUCCCUAAACAGGGCAGCCUUCAGAUGUCUUCUAAAAGUCUGGUGGUUGUUUUCCUCUUUGACAUCUGGUGGGAGGGUGUUCCACAGGGCUGGCGCCACUACCAAGAAGGCCCUCUGCCUGGUUCCCUGUAACUUGGAUUCUCGCAGUGAGGGAAUCACCAGAAGGCCCUUGGCACUGGACCUCAGUGUCUGGGUAGAACAAUGGAGGUGGAGACACUCCUUCGGGUAUACAGGAUCAAGGCUGUUUAGGGGUUUAAAGGUCAGCACCAACACUUUGAAUUGUGCCCAGAAACGUACUGGGAGCCAAUGUAGGUCUUUCAAGACCGGUAUUAUGUGGUCUCAACGGCCGCUCCCAGUCACCAGUCUACCUGCCGCAUUUUGGAUUAGUUGUAGUUUCCGGGUCACCUUCAAAGGUAGCCCCACGUAGAGCGCAUUCUAGUAGUCCAAGUGAGAGAUUUUGCUAAACCUGACCAGCUAACCACCCUGGAUCUCCGGUCCCUGGAGCACAGGCCUUUGCACCUUUCCCAGGGAGCAACACAGAAGCUGCCCAGAAAUACGCAGUCUCGUCCCGAGUUUGGCGAGCUUGUUGCUCUUCUGGAGUCAUCCGACUCCUUUCAUCAGCCCUGACCAUUGGUCAUGCUAGCUGGGGCCAGUGGUAGUUUGGGUUGGUAGGCCCUAGAUGUUCCUCAUUCCCACGGAGCAUAGCUCAGUUGGUAGAGCAGGAGACUCUCAAUCUCAGGGCUGUGGAUUCGAACUCCACGUUGGGCAAAAACUCCACAUUGUUGCAGUCCAUCCCCCUCUCCUUGAUAUUCUAGCAUCCAAGCCUCCAAAGCCCAGCAGGGCCUACCUGUGAGCCUGAAGCCCAGGGCUAGCUCACAGCCUACUUGCUUCCUCCCUGCUCACUGAUGCUGAGUCCCUCCUCCCUCGUCUCCUUUUCUGCAGCCUGAUGACACCUUGGAGCCUUUCUUUGACUCGCUGGUGAAGCAAACCCAGGUCCCCAACCUCUUCUCCCUGCAGCUGUGUGGCGCCGGCUUCCCACCCAACGUCUCGGAUGCCCUGGCUUCUGUGGGGGGCAGCAUGGUGAGUGAGGGGCGCUGGGGUAAGAAGGGUCUCUUUUUCCUCCUUUUAGUUGGAUCCCCAGACCUGUUCCCAGUCUUGAAACAGCUACAUAAUAAAGAGGUUGAGAGCACCUCUGGGCAUCUACAGAGUGCCUUCCCCUCACCAUUAAGCAAUCACAGCCCAGCUAUGUUGAGGUUCAGGCAGGAGGGCUCUCCUGUUUGGGGGGUGAGUAUGUGGAAGGCAAGGGACGUGGGUGGCGCUGUGGGUUAAACCACAGAGCCUAGGACUUGCUGAUCAGAAGGUCGGUGGUUCGAAUCCCCGUGACGGGGUGAGCUCCCAUUGCUCGGUCCCUGCUCCUGCCAACCUAGCAGUUUGAAACACAAACUGGAAGUAGAUAAAUAGGUACCGCUCUGACGGGAAGGUAAACGGCGUUUCCAUGCGCUGCUCUGGUUCACCAGAAGCGGCUUAGUCAUGCUGGCCACAUGACCCAGAAGCUGUACGCCGGCUCCCUCGGCCAAUAAAGCGAGAUGAGCGCCACAACCCCAGAGUCGGCCACGACUGGACCUAAUGGUCAGGGGUCCCUUUACCUUUAUGUGGAAGGCCAGCGUUCUAAUUUUAUUUUAUUUAUACCCUGCCCUCCCCUGCCAAGACCGGGCUCAUGGCGGCUAACAUCAGGUAUAAAAACAAUUUAUUAAAAUACAACUUAAAAACAAGAUUAAAAUACUACUUAAAAUGCUGUCUCAUUUCAGUGGAAGCCCAGAUCAAAAACUGUUUGGGGGUGAAAAUGUCAAAUCUUCACCAAGGCCAACUAUCCAGACUGGUCCUACGUGGGCCAGAAAAGCCAGGGAAGUCCCCAAAUAGGGGUUCCAUCACAGAAGGAAAAGGAAAGAGUGGGAGGGGAUCAGGCUGGUUCCAAGCCAAAGGCCAGGUGGAACAACUCUGUCUUACAGGCCCUGCGGAAAGAAAUCAGAUCCCGCAGGGCCCUGGUCUCAUGAGACAGAGCGUUCCACCAGGCCGGAGCCAGUGUUGAAAAGGCCCUGGCCCUGGUUGAGGCUAAUCUGACUUCCUUAGGGCCCGGGACCUCUAGAGUGUUGCUAUUUAUGGACCUUAAGGUCCUCCAUGGGGCAUACCAGGAGAGGCGGUCCCGUAGGUACGAGGGUCCUGAGGAGAAGAAUGUGUCAAAGCACACACAGAGUGUCCUCUCCUCUCCAUUGCCUGCUUUGUCCCAUUUGCACUUGGCCUGGACUGGAGAUUCUAGGCAGCUCUGAGCCUCCAGCAGCCCAGGCAGAAAUUUUGCUGGUGCUUUGAGGAGCGGUGGGGAGGGGAGGGGAGGGGAACGGGGCACCCACCACCCUCCUCUCGGCCCCUUCCUCUUAAUGCCAUUUCCUGCCACACCCCUGUCCCUGCAGAUCAUUGGAGGCAUUGACCCGUCCCUCUACGUGGGCAGCAUCUGGUACACCCCGAUUCGGAAGGAGUGGUACUACGAGGUCAUCAUUGUCAGGAUAGAGAUCAACGGGCAGGACCUGCAGAUGGACUGCAAGGAGGUGAGAGGGGGCCAGGGAUGCUCAGGUGCAGGGUGGAUAAAAAUCAAAGUUUUUUUUUAAAAAAAACAGAUUUUUUUAAAAUUUGAAUUGCAUUAUUAAAAUAAAAUGACUUUGCAGGAAAAAUCUUUCUAAAGAUAGUUUUCCUUUUUUUCGUUUAAAUUUUAUUAACAUAUAAAACACAUACAUAUACAUUUACACAAUACACAUACACAACACACUACCUUAUUUUCAUAAUAUAAAACAUAUCUAUACUACUCUAUAUAAUACAGUGGUACCUCAGGCUACAUACGCUUCAGGUUACAGACUCUGCUAACCCAGAAACAGUGCUUCAGGUUAAGAACUUUGCUUCAGGAUGAGAACAGAAAUUAUGCUCCGGCGGCAGCAGGAGGCCCCAUUAGCUAAAGUGGUGCUUCAGGUUAAGAACAGUUUCAGGUUAAGAACAGACCUCCAGAACGAAUUAAGUACUUAACCCGAGGUACCAUUGUACCUACAUAUACUGUACAUAUCAACAUACCUACACACCUACCCCACACGGACAUCCACCAAGUGACUAAGAUAGUUUUCUAUUUAAGUUACAUUAUAGUCCAUUCAUCAGGAAAUAAGGAUUUGUUUAAGUUUUUCAUGUGUGCUAAAAUUCAGUUUUAAGUUGCUGGUUUUUAAAAAAUUGUUUAACCACAUCAGUUAGCAAACAUUGAUAUAUGUGCUAUAAUGUUAUUGUUUUAGUUAAAUAAAUUGUUUUAAUUGUUAUUAAGGAAAUGAUUGUUUUUCUUCUUCCAAUAAAGUACAGCAGAAAAGUUGUCCAAAUAUAAACAGUUAACUUGUUAAACCUCACAAUAAUUUCAUAAUUAUCAGUCUAUGUAUUUCUAAUAGUAUAACCAAAUUUUUGAUGUAACAGUAAAAACUGCUCUGAAAAUUUAUUCUUCCAAAAAUGAAACUUUCAUCUGGUUGUAAAUAUUAAGAUUAUACCAGCAAGAAUGAGUCGUUUCUGUAAAAAAAAGAGAGAGAGAGAGAGAGAUUUAAAUCAAGUCUUACUGACUAAUGAUUUAAAUCAAUUUGAUAUAAAAUCAAAUCCACCCUACUGUGGUGUGUGCAGAGGAGCCACCUCUGAGCAGUGCCCACCAAUGAGAUGCCUUGGUUUGGAGGUGGAGGCGGGGCCUAGGAACACCUUUUGGUACUGAGGACUGGACCCUGCCCUUGCUCCUCUGCCCAGGCGCUUGCCACAGACCAACACCGCUCGCCUCCCGCUCCUCAGAUUUGGGAUCAGGUUGUGCUCAGCCUGGCCAUAGUAGGGGAACUCCAGUUCAGAAACCCCCCACCCAACCCAUGCAGGUUCCAGUAUGAGUCAGCUUCUGUCUCCCACUGCCAGGGCUGUUUUGGAGUUGGUGUGCAUGAGCUUGGGAAAGCGAGGAAAGAGGGGAAUUGGUGUUUUUGGAGCCUGAGCCCCUUUGCCUUUCCCCGCAGUACAACUAUGACAAGAGCAUCGUUGACAGCGGCACCACCAACCUACGCCUCCCCAAGAAAGUCUUUGAGGCAGCAGUGAAGUCCAUAAAGACAGCUUCCUCGGUGAGAUAUGCACUGGGGGUGGGAUCAGCAAAGGGAAAAGAGCACCUCCUAGUCUGCCUAUCUGCAGGACCUGUGGAGAGUGAGGUGUGCUCAGCUCUGUGUUCGAAUCCUGAACCAAGGGCUCUGGGACCAGAACAUUCAGAUCCUGCAAUGGGGCAUACCGUAUUUUUCGCUCUAUAAGACGCACUUUCCCCCUCCUAAAAAGGAAGGGGAAAUGUGUGUGCAUCUUAUGGAGCGAAUGCAGGCGGGAGGCUCUGCUCAGUGCUCCCUUUAAAGAGCAUGCAUGGAGCUCUUGGGGAAAAGCCCCCAAGAGCCACACACAUACUCUGUGCGCUCUUUAAAGGGAGUGCGGCUCUUGGGGGAGCCCGCUGGCUGUCCUGGCUUCUGGCUUAGCCGCUCAGCCUCUCCCGGGCAGGGGAUGAAGGCUCCCCUUGCCCAGGAGAGGCUGUCCUGGCUUUUGGGAUUCAGAAUUUUUUUCUUCUUCUUUUCCUCUUCCAAAAACUAGGUGUGUCUUAUGGUCUGGUGCAUCUUAUAGAGCGAAAAAUACGGUAUAUUGUGAAAAAUGAAUUGGCUAGCGUAACUGGGCCUCCUCUGGGGGUGUGUUGCAAUGCAUGGACAUGGUAAAACCUAUUCCGGGUACCGUUUCUCCACCCCACCUCUGAAAAGUGAGCCAGCAUCUCUAUGCUAGAUGUUCUAGCGCAAAGCAUCAUUAUUCCCUGGGGUGGAGGUGGAGAUCUGCUUCAUCUUUGUUGACCUGAGGAAUGGAAGAAAAGCAAAUAAUUAAAAAAAAGCAGCAGCCUCCCCACCCUGAUUCUCCUCCCCCAAAAUCUGGUGUGGCUUGCCCUGGUGCCAAGAAGACCCCCUUCCCUCCCUCUUCAACAGACAGAGAAGUUCCCCGAUGGCUUCUGGCUGGGGGAGCAGCUGGUUUGCUGGCAAGUGGGCACCACCCCCUGGCACAUCUUCCCGGUCAUCUCUCUCUACCUGAUGGGCGAGACCACCAACCAAUCUUUCCGGAUCAGCAUCCUGCCACAGGUAGGUGCCGCGACUGCAUGUGUGCUUUGGGCUAAGGCAUUGCAUCUGGCUUUCAAGAGAAGUUCUUGCAGCUUGGAGGGGCCAGGAGUUCUCUCCCCCCCCCCAUUUUUAAUAGAAUUGUUGUAAAGAUUUUUAACAUAUUAAGCCAUGAAAUCCAAACUCUCUUUAUAGAAAGAGAAUAAAAGUCAAUGCACCAAAAGAAAAGAAUAAUAUAGAAAAAGGAAAAUAUAAAAUACAGUAGUUAUGAGCCUCAUCAAACACAAUUGUAUAUAUCUAUGUAUAGCUAUCUAUCACUAUGUUAUCUCAAUCUUCCAUCCACGUAGUGGAACCUUGGUUCUCAAGCUUAAUCCGUUCUGGGAGACUGUUCAACUCCCAAAACCAAGGCGUGGCUUCUGAUUGGCUGCAGGAGCUUCCUGCUCCUAAGCAGAAGCCAUGUCAGAUGUUCAGCUUCCAAAAAACAUUCAAAAACCGGAACACUUACUUCUGAGUUUUCGGCGUUUGGGAGCCAAAACGUACGAGUACCAAGGUACGACUGCACUGAGAGUUGAAUUCCCCAAUCUCCCCACCUGGGAGGUCUUGAGGGGCCCGGAGUUUUCUAGGGAGUAAAGAGGAAGAUGGACUGUAGAGAAAGAUCUCAGAUUAACACCAGCCUUUUGGAUUUGGGCACUUGCUUGGCAGCAUCUGGGUUAGAGCUAAACCAAAAUGCUAACGGAUUCAGCUGUGGGCUGGAAUUUGGGUGUUGGGAGAGGAGGAUCUGUUAAAAUGUCCACUCACCUUGCUGGGAAUUGGGGGUCUUCUUCAACUAUCAAAAUUCAUCCUUUCCCAUUCUUCUUAAAGGCACUUUAAAACAAUAGCAGCAGCAUAGUCUAAAAACACUCGCUGGUGUGGGCUGAAACAGUUUAAAAACUAUUCCAGCCCUCCAUAAAGUGGCGCCAAAAUUACCUUUUUCUUUAAAGGGGAGCCUGCCAGAGCUACUAGGUGCUGCAAUUUUGUUUUGUUUUUAAUGCAAAGACUAAGUUGGCAUUUCCCAAACUUGGGACUCCAACUGUUGUUGGACUACAACUCCCAUCAUUCCUAGUUAGCAGGACCCAGUGGUUAGGGAUGAUGGGAUUUGUAGUCCAAAAACAACUGGAGGCCCAUGUUUGGGAAACCCUGGACUACAUCAACACGUUGCUGACAUCGCAGGGGGCAGUGGUUUUAAAUGUGGUGCUAAAAACGCUGGAUGCAAAGACAGCUGUGCAGAAGACCAAGGCAGUCUGGAAAACGCAGCUGAGCUUUCAGGAGGGUGAUUUGGCUGAAACUCGCAUCACAAAUUCAAAAUUUUGAAGCAAAAAUAGCAGAGCAAUUAUGCAACUUAGCUCAGGCUAGUGUUUCCUGAUGAGCAGGGAGGAAACAAACUGCGCCCAGCUUGAUAGCAAAUGGCAGCUGGCCUUAGUCCUAGCCCUUGUGAGAAAACAAGAGUGCCUUUGAGCAUGGGCAGAGUGCUUUCCUCAUCUCGGGCAACCCUGACGCCUCUGAGCCUACAUGACAGGAUAUUCUCAUUUGGGGAAGGAAGGUAGUAUUUCUGCGCCCUGGCUUACCAAAAGCCUCUCCCUCCCUCAGCAAUACCUGCGGCCUGUCGAGGACGUGGCCACGUCUCAGGAUGAAUGCUACAAGUUUGCCAUCUCCCAGUCGUCCACGGGCACCGUCAUGGGCGCUGUCAUCAUGGAGGGCUUCUACGUGGUCUUUGACCGGGCGCGCAAGCGCAUUGGCUUUGCAGUCAGUGCCUGCCAUGGUAAGUGUAAGGUGUCAGGAGGGGCUGACUGCUGAAGGGGCAGACAGACGGGCAGCCUCUUCCAGUGGGCAGAGCUGGGUGCCACUCACCUGCGCAGCUGCCUCAGGCACACCAUUGCCUAUGCAUCUCAUAGAACCAUGGAACUGUAGCGUUGGAAGGGACCCUGAGGGUCAUCUAGUCCAACCCCCUGCAAUGCAGGAAUCUCAACUAAAGCAGCCAUGACAUGCCUAAAGAUCACGCCCACUUGCCGCAGCCAAUCAUCAGCAGGCCUGGCCGCAGCAACCAAUCACACACCCAGUCGCUGCUGCAAAUCUCCUGCUGGCUGCUGCCGCAAAUCGCUAUCCCCUCGGCUAUCCGUGUAUAAGACGACCCACAGUUUUUGCCGAUUAUUUCUAAGGAAAUAAUAUCAUCUUAUACACAGAAAAUAAGGUACUUACUUGGGAUCGAACCUGGGGCCUUCUGCACGUGAAUUGUCUUGUCUUACCACUGCUGUCCUGUGUUCAUUAUCCUCUGUUUCCUCUGCUCCCCUGGCUUCAGUGCACGACGAGUUCCGCACGGCCGCUGUGGACGGCCCUUUCCUUCACUCCAACAUGGAGGACUGUGGCUACAACAUCCCCCAGACGGACGAGUCCACGCUGAUGACCAUCGCCUACGUCAUGGCGGCCAUCUGCGCCCUCUUCAUGCUCCCUCUCUGCCUCAUGGUGUCCCAGUGGCGCUGCCUGCGCUGCCUGCGCCGGGGCCAUGACGACUUUGCCGACGACAUCUCCUUGCUCAAGUGAGCGCUCUUGCCUCCCCACCCUCAGGCCCGUGCCGGCAGCCAGGGGGCACAGCUGCCGGGAGCCACAAACUCCUCCCACCCCCUUCCACCUCUGCCGUGUGCGGGUCUGCAGCUGCCUCAGGGCCACCUGCGAGCGGGGGACUGGCCGGCUGCACCGAAAGCGGCAGAAGACGCGCAACCUUUUCCUCCCUCCUGCCGUGGUUUGUGGGAUGGCAGCUUACAGAGGCCCUACUCUUCCUCUCGCUGCCCGCCUGGUGGGCGAGAGAGGCCUACUGUCACCGUGCAAGGAAGAGAAGCAGGAACCCUGGUGGGGCCUGGUUGCUCAGCUCAGGAGGGGCCCAGAGCUAUUUCCCACCUCAGGGCUUCAUGGCUGUUUCCCCCGUUUUGCUCGUGUUGUGACGAUGGGACUACUCGCGAGGUCUCACGACCAGGAAGGGAUUGCCGGAAAGGGCAGUGGGGAUGGACAGACCCCAAAGUGUUGCUUCUGUGUAGCGCUGAUGAGAGUGGCUGUCAUUUCUUAAAGGGUUUGUGUGCGUGUCUCUCUACAAAAUAUAUAUAUAUAGAAAUAUAUAUAAAUAUAUGUAACUUAUACAAUGGUAAACUGAAGGAGGGGGAAUCUGUCCCCACCCCACUCAGGGAGCAUUUGGGCUCCUUCUCGGCCCUUCACUGGCCAGACUUCUUUCAAGGAACUCCCCCCCCAUAGGGUCUGGGGGCAAGGCCAGCUGCGAGACACAGGUGUCCAUCUCAAGGUGAGGGUUCUAUCCAUGCAAAGUGGAGGGAGGAUUCCUGCCUCUGGCAGUGGAUGGGCCUUGAUGGUCCCUUUUUAAUCCCAGGCAUCCAAAAAGCUUUCAGGAGUCGAAAAGAGUUUUGUAGCCAUUGAUGAGAAGGAGCAGCUGCCUUUUUCCUCUUCAAGGCUGUCUAGCUGCCUUUCCUAGCUGCUUCCCUGGAGAAGCGCUUUCUCUUCAAGGAGCCUCUCUUGAUGGGCAUCUCACUCCUCCCUGUUCCUUGCCUCCUUCAUGAGCAGGACUCUGGGGUGGCAGAACUCAGUGGAGUUCUGCCCAUCGUGGGGAGUCAGCCCUCUUUGUGUACCAGGGCUGAUGGGAAUAGUUGUCCACCUGGAGGGCACCAAUCUGGGGAGGAUGGUUUUAUGCAGACAUCCAUCACACCUGGAGCCAUGUGUGACUCACUUGGGUUUAGCAAGCCUCCAGGGGACUCAUCACCCCCACAUCCACCCUGCCUCCCUUUUUUCCAGUUCCAUCCUUCAGUGUUUUCCUUGUGGCUUCUUCUUCACUGUUACGUCCUGCUGGUUGGGCAAUGGUAGCUGUGGAGGUGCAGUGAGCCAGAUCUGUGGCCAGCUGGAUGGUGCUGGCUCCCCUCUCUUGGGGGUUCCAAACUCUUAUUCUGCAAGGAAACAGGACCCCCCCUUCCCUGUUACAGUCUGAACAUGAUCCAGGAGUCUGGGCUGCCUGUUGCCACAGAUAUUUAGAGCUCAUGUCAUCAUUGCCUGCUGAGCAUCCUUGGGCAACUGCUGAUAGCCAGGUGCUGCUUCUGCAGCCGCCCUUGUCACCUGAGCAUCACUGAACCUAGGAAGCUGCCUUCUGCCAAGGGAGGCUACCGGUCCAUCUAGCCCUGUAUCGUCCAACAUGAGCCUCCCCCAAGGUGGUGCCCUUGGACGACAACUCCCAUUAGCCCCAGCUGUGUGAUGCUGGGAGCACAGCUGCGCUUGGCUGGGAAGGAUGGAGGUUGUAGUCAAAAACACCAGGCAGGUGCCGGCCUCGAGAGAGGCUGCUCUGCCCCUGGCUGGCAGCAGUUCAGGCAGGGGUCUCUCCUUGCCUUACCUGGAGAGGUUGAAGAUUGAACUUUGGACCAGUGGCCUGGAGGCAGCUGCUCAGGUGCCUGGCUUGCCUGCCUCGCAAUUGGAUGGAUGCAGCAGGCAGCCUGGCUAUGACUUGCUUCCCAGAAAGAGCAGGCAGGAGGCCAGGCUUUCCUUCAGGAAAUCUGGCCCUGUAUCAUGUCACCAUAGGAAUUACCCUUCCCCCGCUCUCACACCAUUUGCUUGGUGGUAGAUGUUCCACCAGGAGAGAUGCCUCUGCCUAGGACAAAUGGCUGUGCCAUGCCCUCGUUGCUGGCUGGGUAGAGCAGAAGCUUUUGGGGAGGGUGGCACAGAGCAGCCUGGAGUCACAGCAGCUGACCUCCUAACUCUGCCCUGCCUGGGCUCUCAAGGGUAUGAAGGAGUUGGGGCACAUUCCUCCUGCAAGGAUGUCCAGCAGGGCUUAUUGGAGCCUCUGUUGGGACGGGUUGGUGCUGCUGCUUACUCUUUCUGGGGGUGUGCAUUCAGGGGUCCACGCCUUUGCCUGCCACACUGGCAAGAGGCAGCUAGCAAGGAAUUGCCCCAGCUCCAGGAAAGACAGGGGACCAAGAAGCACUUGGCAGUCAGCUGCUGCUCAGCCACCAAAGCCAUAGAUGGGGAGGCUGCCUCUGCCUGGCACUGCUCGCAAGAGACAAACUUCUGCCACUGAAGUGUGUGUGUUGCUCAGUUGAUCCGAAGGUUGCAAGAGGCUGUGGCUUUAUCCUCUCCCGUUCCAACAUGUCCAUUGUUUUCAAGUACAUGUAUGUGUGUGUGUGUAUAUAUAUAUAUAUGUUGGCUGUUCUUGAAAUUGUUAUUUUCCAAAAAACCUUUUUGCAUAGUUGCAGGGCUAUUUCCGCAGUGUGGACGGAGGUAGUUGCCUUCUGCUUGCUAGAAUGCCAGAUGCCAUCUGCUUGUAUAAUAUUCUGUAAAUAUUUGUAAUACUGGCUCCCAAAUCCUCCCAGUUUUAUCUCAAAUGGAAGUGGAGGAGAAAGGAGCUAAGUGACCCUUUUUAUUUUUGUAAAUGUCUGGUUCCUUUUAAACACUUGUUUGCUAAGGCUUAAUGGACAGGUGGUGGGAGGCCGGGUGGAUGGGGGGGAAAUAGCUCUGGGGUGGAUAAAUGCACUUUAUGGACUGUACCAAGCUUCACGUGGUGCUGAGGGGGGUUCUUUCUCUCUCUCUCUCUCCUCCCAUUCCCUGGGAUGGCCUGGCUUGUGGGAGUGAAGCACUUGUUGGCCAUCAGCACCACUGAAGCAGUUUGCAAAGCUCGCUUUUGAAUAAUAACCUCAGUGGUGUGAUGGCAGAAGGCCCUCUCUCCUGUCCUGCCCCCACCCUCCAAGCACAGCAAUGGCCCCAGCCAAGCACCUUACACCCACACCCACCCACACACCCAGAACUCAAUACCAUUUUAUAAGCAUCAGGACAGAUCAGGACAUUUUCAAACACAGGCAAGUUGGGAAAGAAGAGCAAGGCAGAUGCCACUCAAAGCUUUUUGCUGAAGGCUUGGGGAGGGGAGGGUCCACCUUUUUGUGCACAUCUGGUCUGGUCCUUAUGGCCCACAAGCACUUUGACCCACAGCUUUCAAACUCUGGGGGAGCACACACACACACACACACACACACACACACACACACACACACACAGAGAGAGUGAUGGAGAAGUCAUGUGGCCCUCCAAGUGAUAGAACCCCAGCUUCCACCAUGGCCAAUAGGUUCACCAUUCCCCCACCCUAUGGCAUUUUUUGCCCUUGCAGCAGAAUUAAAGCACCACUGCCCCUCCCCAGGCUACCAAAGCAGAUCUGAAGUGGCAAAGAAGCAUGGCCCAAGGGGUGGGUUCUGCGUCCUUCCUGAGCUGGCUUUGGAAGGUGAGCAAAAGACUUUGUCAUGGCCACAGUAGAGGAGAGUCCCAUUCUACACAUCCCAGAAACGGGGGGCAGAGUAAGUUAAGGUGGUGGCAUCCCCUUUGGAAGUUUGAGAAACACUGCCUUAAACAAACUUUGCUCUUUGACCUUCAUGCUCAGCCAUGCAUUGUUGAACCCACUUAAUUUUUUACUUUCUCUUUGUAUGGCGCGGGACAGUUGUGGUAACCUGCCCUGGAUGAGGUGAUGGCAAGAGUACUAGAUUCUGACAUAGCUGAUUCUAAGAUCAUGGUAGGGAAGCAUCAGCCACUGUAAUCCAACCCCUAGGGGACAGGGGCCACCAACUCCCAGCCCAUGACUUGAGCCUCUUGCAUGGUGACAACCCCUCUCGAUUUGGUAAACAGCACGAGAGGCUCCCAGCCACAUAGGACUCUGGGGGCUCCCUAGCAAACACUGCCUUAAUCAGCUGCUACAGGGACUUCAAGGCAGCUUGAAAAGGGGAAGGAAGCACUGUGAAGUGGAGAGGCCCAAUGACUGCCAGUUUGCAAAUGAUGCUGCUCGUUGCAGCCAAGGCCAGAGAGGGGCAGCAGGGUCCUUGGCCUCACUCCCACUCCCCAAAGCUUUCCCGAAGAGCGACACAACCAGGAUCCUGGCGGCAGAACCAGAAAAGCAGGAGGUGCUGCAGGAAAGAGAGUGUAAAAUGAAGGGUUUGGGAUAGGCACCACCUGAGAUUCCAGCACUGUAACUCCCCCCGACCCAUGUCUCUGUCAGAAACAUGAAUGUUUAACAUGGUAAAUUAUUGCAUUAAAGAGAG